AUGUGCUGGGUAAAAACUAUAUACGUUACUUUCAGGUUCUUUCUAGAUACGUACCAUGACUCUGAUGAUUCUCGAGAUCAAAAUUAUUCACCAAAUGGGAGUGACACUGAAAGCAGUGACGGGGGUCCAGGUUACAUGGAGUUUUCACCUUUUCAAAAUCAAAAUGAAAUGCAGGACUUUGUACCCAGUCCUGUUCUCAGAAAGUCUAUUCAAGAAAUUAAUUACGAUGAUGGACCUCCUUCGAUUCAUCAAAAUAAUUUUGAAUACAUCCCCGGCAACUGUAUCAACGAGGCUAUAAUAAGUUUGCUUGGAGAAGGAGAACCCCAUGACUUCUAUAAUCGCUGA